AAGGGUUUUGAUCAAGUAUGUGGUGGUAGAAUUUGAGAGGUGGGAGGGUCUUAAAGAGGGAAGAGGAUGCUGUCUCCAGGGACAGAUAAAGGCGAUAGGGAGGAUGGGGAUUGCAUGUUGAUUGUGUGGUCAUGUAUAAUGGAAGUGGACAGGUGCCUGGUUCAUCCUCUCAUGUAGCAGCCCACUGCCUUACCAUAUGCCCUCUUCUUUCCUAAUCUGGAGAAGAAAUAGAUUUCUGUGCUGACUCCCUUACUUGUAUUUAAGGUCAUUUUUAUUAUUACAGGACUGACAGAUGUCCAAUGCCACUGGGUUAACGUGACACUGACUUCAAGCAACAAUCCGCAUAUUUUUAUUUCUGGAGAUCGAAAACAAGUGAGAUAUCGGUCAAGUACUUGGACAUCAAAUUUUUCAUAUUCCAAUGAUAACUGUCCUUACAGUGGGAUUCUGGGCUCCCCUGGUAUCACAACAGGAAAACAUUACUGGGAGGAAUCUGAGAGAAAGAGGAACCUCAGAAGUCAAGUCAAGCAAAAGCAGGGGAACAGUAGCUAUGGAUUCAGCAAUCCUAGUGAAUGUAAAGGAGGAAGUGACCUGCCCUAUUUGCCUGGAGCUCCUGACAGAACCCCAGAGCCUAGACUGUGGACACAGCUUCUGCCAGUCCUGCAUCACUGCAAACCACUCCAAGUCCACACUAUGCCAAAAAGGGGAGAGCAGCUGCCCCGUGUGCAGAAUCAGAUACCAGCCUGGGAGCCUACGGCCUAAUCGUCAUCUGGCCAAAAUAGUAGAGCGGCUUGAGGAGGCCAACUUGAGUCCAGACAAGGGGCAGAAAGUACACCACUGUGCACACCAUGGAGAGAAACUCCUACUCUUCUGUAAGGAAGAUGGGAAAGUCAUUUGCUGGCUUUGUGAGCGGUCUCAGGAGCAUCGUGGUCACCAGACAUUUCUCACGGGGGAGGUUGUCCAGGAAUACCAAGAGAAGUUCCAGACAGCUCUGAGGGAACUGAUGCAGAAGCAGCAGGAAGUUAAGAAGUGGAAGGCUUACAUCCAUAAAGAGAAAACUUCCUGGAAGAAUCAAACUCAGGUUGAAAAAAAAAGAGUUCGGGCAGAGUUUGCAAAACUGAGAGGCAUCCUAGACUCUGAGGAGAAGAAAGAACUGCAGAAGUUGGAGGAAGAGGAGGAAGAUGUUCUACACAGCCUUGUAGAGUAUGAAAAGGAACUGAUCCAGCAGAGCCAGUUGGUGAAAGAGCUCAUCUCAGAUUUUGAGCAUCGGUUAGAGGGGUCAACAAUAGAGCUGCUGCAGGAUGCAAACGGCAUCAUGAAAAGGAAUGAGACCUUGAUUGUGAACAAGCCAAAAACAUUUCCCAAGAAACAAAGAAGGGUGUUCCGAGCUCCUGAUCUGAGAGGAAUACUGCAAGUGUUCAAAGAGCUGACAGAUGCCCAAUGCUACUGGGCUAAGAUAACAUUUGCUCCAAGCAGCAAUUCAGAUAUUGUCAUUUCUGUGGAUCGAAGACAAAUAAGAUAUAAACGCAAGUGGACAUCAUAUUACGGUAACAAUGAAGAUGAUGGCGUCCUGGGUUCCCCUGGUAUCACAUCAGGAAAACACUACUGGGAGGUAGAUGUGUCCAACAAACGUGACUGGAUCCUGGGAGUAUGUUUGGAAUCAUGUUCCAAGCCCAUUGUACUGGGUGGUAUGAAAAAAGUUGUAAAUUACCAGCCUCAAUAUGGCUACUGGGUUAUAGGGCUUCAGAAUCGAUCUGAAUAUAAAGCGUAUGAAAAUUCUACCUCCCGUGAUCCUUCGAUCUUGACCCUGUCCCUGACAGUUCCUCUUUGUCGUGUUGGGGUUUUCAUAGACUAUGAGGCUGGCACUGUCUCCUUUUUCAAUGUCACAAACCAUGGGUUUCUCAUUUAUAAAUUCUCUUCGUGUUACUUUUCUCAGAAUGUUUUCCCCUAUUUCAACCCUUGCCAAUGUGAAGUUCCCAUGGUUCUGUGCUCUCCAGGGUCCUGAACCGUCUUACGCCCUCACCCACUUCUGUGCAGAGCUCAUGCCCUGGGUGCAGUUCAUGCGCCUGAGCUCAUCUGCACCAUGGUGAGCAUCUUUUCUGUGCCAUCCCCCUUCUUUCCUCUUGAAUGUCCUAGUCGAAUUAAGAUGUGCAAAUUGGCUCGUACCAUAUUCUUUCCAAUAUUUUAUUUGCACCUAGGAGAGAUUUUUUUCCUUACCAUUUCUCAGGUUCCCAAGGAAAAAUUACUGAUCCCUCAUAAAAAGAAAAAAUUAAAUUAAGAAGGACUACAAUUGUUGUAGCACCUCUGCCAAGUCUUUAAAAUCCAAAUCCUUAUAGAUACUGAUGAAGGGGAUGAAGGAAAGAUUGUAACAACUUCUGCAUUAGGAAAGACCAAAUAUAGAAGUCACUCAUUAUAAAAUGAGUCCUCAGCAGUAUGUCAAUUGACUUAUCAUGCCUCCUGUUUCAAUUUACUAAUCAUGCCUCCUGUUUAUCAAAACCUUAGGGGGAAAAAGCAUAAGUAAUAGGUACUAAGAAUAGAGGUUUUCGUUCCAGAGUGUCUGAGUUCCAGUCCUAUCUUUUUUACAUACUGGAAACUGGGGAAAUCAAACUAUAAUUUUAGCAGAGUAAUCUUAAGUAACACACAAAUGUCUGUUUUUAUUUCCUUAAAUUAAUUUUGGUAUAAAAUUUAUCUAAUACUUUGGAUCAUUGUGAGAAAAUCAAUCCAUUAAGUAUAAAAUAACUUUUGAAGUAUCUCAAUUUAAUCAUAACCAUUUGCUGGUCUAAUUAAUAAAAAAUGUAAAAUGCGUCCGUGUCCUAUGGUACAGAAUUUGUGUUCAGAGGGCGUAAGUUCCACUUUACUGAAUUCUCAUCUUCU